AUUAAGUUAAUCGGAGUUUGAUUGAAGUCAUCUUGAGUCUCGUCUACAAGAAAGAACUGUGACUUCAAACCAAGUUAAAUGAAUUUUUAAUAAAAAUUGCGCGUCUACAUUUUUUUCAAAUUCGCGCGUGAUAAGGCUGGCAACGUUGCGCGACAAACUUCUCGCCAUCGUCGUGCGCGACGGAGAGGAGAGGGCCGCGCUUUGUCAAUCUCUCUCCGUCGACGAACAGUACCGCGACUUGGACGCGAAGCUUCGAGAAAAAAGGGAAUAAGGCGAUCCGUACACUCGGGAUAGGACCGCACCGACCUCGUCCAGAGUGCGAUCCCCGUCGUGGCGGGUCUCUCGACUCCUGGGUGGAGCGCGGCGUGCGUGGCAAAUUCUGCCAACUAUUUCCGGCGGCACACGGCGCCGCUGACCGCAAGGUGACGUUUGCUGUUCUCUCGCCGUCGAGGUCCCAACGGGAGGUGUCCUCGAGGUGUCUUCGGGCUAACCCCUUCUGCGCGCUGGUGCACUCGCUUGUUGCCUCCCGCCCCCCGGAAAAGAUGGGUCUCACAAUCAGCAGCCUGCUCACCAAGCUGUUCGGCAAGAAGCAGAUGCGGAUACUGAUGGUGGGCCUCGACGCCGCCGGCAAGACCACUAUACUCUACAAGCUCAAGCUCGGCGAGAUCGUCACCACCAUACCCACGAUCGGCUUCAACGUCGAGACGGUCGAGUACAGGAAUAUCUGCUUCACCGUGUGGGACGUGGGCGGCCAGGAUAAGAUCCGGCCGCUCUGGAGGCACUACUUCCAGAAUACCCAGGGCCUCAUUUACGUAGUCGACAGCAACGAUCGCGAGCGGAUCGGCGAGGCGGAGCGCGAGCUGGCGAACAUGCUGAAGGAGGACGAGCUGCGGGACGCGGUGCUACUGGUGUUUGCCAACAAGCAGGAUCUACCCAACGCCAUGUCCGCCGCCGAGCUCACCGACAAGCUGGGCCUCAACUCGCUGCGAGGACGACACUGGUACAUCCAGAGCACCUGCGCCACCCAGGGACACGGGCUGUACGAGGGUCUCGACUGGCUGAGCACCGAGCUGGCCAAAAAGUGAUAGCGCCUCAUCGCAUCCGGUCUACUCUUUAAGAACAGCUCAUUCAUCGUGUAUGGACGUGGAGGACGGGCGGGGACGUCACUCGGCAAUUUCCACCUUUGUCAAAUUUGUAUCGUUGUAACAGUCGAUCAUGUACAGUUUAACGGACGUUGCGUUUUACAAUUGCUUACAGAAAUUGAUGCGAAAUGCGAAUCGAGGAUAUUAAAAGGCGAUCUGACGAUCUCUACGUCAUUGUCGCGCGCGAUCCGAAUUCGCGUGAAUUUGUGCUUCAGGGAGGAAAACUUGUUUUAUAGGAGGACCGGGGGAACAUCGGGAUAUAACAGACGAUUCUUGCGUCAUUUAUAAGAAUAUAUAUAUACCUAUAUAUAUAUAUAAAGGUUGUACAUAGUACUAAGUUCUUUCAUACACACCUCUCAUUUGCCAAGUGAAUUCUAAUUUUGCCUUUUCGAUGCAUCGAGUGACAAAAGUACCGCGUUUCAACCAGUCGAAUUUAAUCGUGCGGAAGAGAUUUAUUUAUGUAUUAUUACGCGUGGAAAAAAAAAAUUAGUAUAUAAUUUGUUUUCUAUCUUGAUCUGCGUCCGUGCUAUUCAUAAAGAAUGACAUACAAUGUAUGUAUUAUGUGAUGUUAUACACAGGUCGUUUGCACUUUCCUGUUCUUCUAUAAUAAAUAUAAGGAAAUUUUUGGAAAUAAGAAAGUAAUUGCUAACUUGCAUAAAGUUUAGUAAACGAUUAAUUUUAAUAUUGCGAAGGAGGAUAAAACUUAACUAAGGUUUACAAUACCUUUUGCGAUUUUCCUUUUUAAUAAAAAUAGACUCUUAAGCUGUAAGAAACAUCUAGAAAUCAUUGUCACAAUAAACCCUUAAUCAUAUA